UUCUUGGAGUAUGCCAUCCGGUGGGACCUCGAAGAAUUAUAUAUUCUUCAAGAAUACCCCUCGCGAGUUCGAUUUCUUUCUUUUUACCUUUUAUCGUCCCAUAAGAUCGGGUUCUCCCUUACUUACAGAUUUCUUAGGCCUUUUUAGAUGAUCCAAGUCAACCUAUAAACGAGAUGAGGUCACAAACUUCAAUUCGAGGUCUAUUCUUAACAUUAUCGGAUCUUGGGUUGGCAGCGAUUCUACCUAGAGAUGGUUCCUCAUUCUCGGUUCAAGUUCCUGUAGUAUCAGCCGUAGAUGCUCCCGCUCAGGUUGACCCAAGCUUCUGUGGUCUCGCUUUUGAGCAAUCAUCCUUCGUCCGGUAUGCUCGGGAUGAUAAUGGCAAACCAAAUGCCUUUUCCAUAAACCUCAUCAACGCCAUUACCUCGCGCACUGGCGGAGCUCCAAUCAUCCGACUAGGUGGAACUUCACCUGACUAUGGGAGGUAUCUACCAGGCCAAAAGGAACCCGCCCUACCCGUCGCUGAACAGGAUAACUACCAAAACAUCGGAUUCACAACUAUCGGUCCUUCUUACUGGGACUUGACCCAUAACUUCCCAAAUGCCAAGUACAUGGUCCAAAUCCCGUUAGCCACCACUAAUGUCAGCGAAACGAUCGCAUGGGCUCAAUCAGCAGUUAAAGGCAUCGGCAUAAACAACAUUCAUUCCAUCCAACCAGGUAAUGAAGCGAAUCUAUACGCCGAUAACUUCAAGGGGGAAGGUGGAGUAGAAUUAAACCCACCAGAAUACCAAGGUACCCUCACCAACGAGACUUACGUCGGUAACUGGACGAAGUACUCAGAUGCCGUCCUAAACGCCGUAAGCCUACCUAAGGGUCGCUUCUUCACUGCAUUCGAUGUCGCGACUCAUUUUGGUCAAGACGUCCAAGCAGAGGCAUAUGUAUUCGAUGUGGAAAAAUGCUUUGACCUUGGAAUUGAUAAGAAAAAUAUCAUCAAGGAGGUCUCGCAUCAUUAUUACCAAAGAAAUGCUGGAACUGCGAGCGAUCUUGCUGCUGGACUUAUGGACACGAGUGUUACACACAACCACCUUGACCAAUUCAAGCGUCGCAUUUCAUGGUUGCAGAAGAAUAAGCCCAAUAUUCCUUUCAUCUUGAAUGAAGUCGGCAAUUCACUCUUUAGGACCAACUCUUACGAAUUCCAAGCUCGUCUUGGGAGUGCUCUCUGGCAGGUCGACUUCUAUCUUUACAGCCUAGCCAUCGGUGUCGCGCGAAUCAAUUACCAACAAAUCAUGCACGCAGGAUACGAUUUAUGGCUUCCAAUAGCAAGUGCUGGUCACGAAGCACAGGUCUUUUCGAAUUACUACUCGCAGCCUUUCGUCGCGGAUUUCAUCGGCUCUUCGGGCAAGACCAGAGUUGCCAAGCUGGAUAUCUCCGGCAAUGCCGCCCCCACCAAUGUAGCCGUCUAUGGAGCUUAUGAGGGCAACACAGCGAAGAGGAUCGCCAUCACCAACCUGAACUAUUGGAACAAGACAUCUUCCGGGACAGAUAGACCUAGUGUUAAGCUUGACCUGUCAGUUCCAAAGGGUACUAAGUCCGUUAAGGUCUAUCACUUGAGCAGCCCCCUGGGUGCCGGUGCUGGUGCUGACAGUAUUACUUAUGGAGGUAGCCAAUGGACGUACAAGAGCCUUGGUAAGGAAGUUAAGAACGUUCGAAAAGAUACCGAGAAUAUCACCGUCAAGAAUGGGGUCGCAAGUGUUACGGUCCAAAAUAGCGAGGCGGUGCUCGUUUGGCUAUAAUAUACUAGUUAUGCGUUCGAAUACAUAAACGCCCAUAUAAAUUCUACAUAGUAAUAAAUAGUUUACACAUUAC